CUGGCUCGCACUUUGUCACGACCCUUUUGGAAGCGUCGUUUGUUACUGAAGCCCACGGAUUUAUUGCACUGUUUUGAACAGUACGGCCACGUCUGUUGCUGGUGUACAACAGGCAGAAGCAGAUGGUGAUAAAGACGAAUAUAAAGAAACUAUGCAAUUACUUGCUGAUUAUUUUGAACCCAAACUAAACGUUGUAGCGGAGAGGUACAAGUUUAGAUGUCGAUCCCAAGGACCAGGUGAGACAGUUCAGGCGUUUGUUUUGGCUCUUAAACAUUUAGCAAGUACGUGCCAGUUUGCUAAUUUGCAUGAUGACAUGAUCCGUGAUCAAAUAGUAGAAAAAACAAACUCUACGAGAGUCAGGGAAAGAUUAUUAAUGGAGAAAGAGCUAACCUUGACGAAAGCUAUUCAGAUUGCAGAGAGGGUCGAAGCAGCUGAGAUGGAACGAAAAAACAUGGAAGGGAUAGCGGUAAAGGCCCCUGAUGAACUCCAUGCUGUAUCGAUACCAGUAUGCGCACAAACGCAGGUAAGGAAGAGGUAUAAUAAUGGACCUCCUGGUGGGGGACGAAGACGAUGUUUUCGAUGCGGGUCUCAACGCCAUUUGUCAAAUUUUGCUGAAUGCCCAGCGAAGAGCCAGGUGUGCCGUCAUUGUUCCAGGGUGGGCCACUUUCAGCGUAUGUGCCAUGAAGUUGGUGAUAAAAACGUUAUGCAGUGUUUUGCGGGGGAAGUUGAUGGACCAAAUCAGACCAUGAUACAGCUCUGAAGGCAGUGCUAAAUAGGCUUCAAGAUUAUGGAAUGCGCCUAAAUGACAAGUGUGAAUUUGGAGUGACUAGUGUUAAAAUUUUGGGCCAUGUAUUAGAUGCAGAGGGGCUUCACCCAAAUCCAGACUUAGUUAAAUCAAUAACAUGCGCCCCAGUCCCAGAAAGUAAAGAACAGGUGAAAUCCUUUUUGGGAUUAGUAGGGUACUAUUCCAAAUUUAUCAAAAAUUAUGCAACUCUUGUACAGCCAUUAAGGGAUGUUCAGUUAAGUGAUAACUUUGAGUGGGGUAAACAGGCCAGUAUGUCAUUUGAAUCGGUGAAGCAAAGCAUCGUUACAUGUCCAGCCCUCGCAUUAUUUGACCCAGACAGGGAAACAAUUCUGACAACUGAUGGAUCAGGGUACGGAAUAGGGGCGGUUCUCACCCAGUUAGUUGAAGGGGAAGAGGUAACCAUAGCUUUCGCGUCAAGGAAGUUAACAUGUGCAGAAAUGAAAUAUUCCACAGGUGAACGUGAAGAUUUGGCAUGUGUGUACUCAAUUGAGAAAUUCCAUACAUACUUAUGGGG